GAGCAUUUUCUUCUGUUAUUUGGGUAAACUUCUCGCUUCAGAGGAUUAGUUCAAUCCAUUAUUAAAAUAAAUGCAUACCACUUUUAUACUAGUAAUGAUAAAGUAGGUCCAUCCAAACUCUACCCACUGAGAGGCCACAUUGUACCUUACAUACUCAGUUGCUACAUUUAAAAAAAAUAUAUUGUGGCAUAUAUACCUGUUACUAAGCAGUGACGCUGAAAACUGGCCAUUGUUAGAUAACACCAACAUACACGCAUACAACAAUAUAAGAAUGGGGUUAGCAAGGGUUGAAAUAUUGUUUGACUAUUAACAAUGGAAAUGGUAGAUUCUAAAGGGUUCUGACGAUAGUGUAUAGUACUCAGAAUUACAGUGUUUUUGGAUUUUGUUCAACGGCCGGCGUUCUAGAAACUUGUGUAUUAAAUAAUAGCCAACCCAUUUACUGACAUUGGUCUCUGCAGUGAUUACGGUCAUUUUGCUGCUGACGUCUGAACCGUCUGAUCGCUGGAAAUAGAUGGCAGCUUGGUGCUCGUGACGUCACAUGGGCUUCAUUCCCACAUAACAUUGAAUUGCUUACGGUGCUUACGGUUGAGCGAAGAUCAUGGCUACCAGGCGUAGACCUUUACAUUCAGCAAAUUCAAGCUUCAACUUUAGACCAAACACUGAGACGCGAAAAUGGGAAACGAAAGGGAAGAAACCGUUACCAGAACCAACGACUGUGAAACAGGUGUUGUUGAUGAUGAUUGUUCAUGUGUGUAGGAAAACAUUGUUCGUAGAUACUAGUGUAAAGGUUGGAAUCUAUGGAGCAAGUUUGUUUGUUGUGUCGCUCCUUGCGGAUGCCCUUCCUUUUCCAAGAACAUACAUGUCGAGAUCAAAUAACAUAUUCAAUAUAUAUUUUGUGAAAUUAGGUUGGGCCUGGACUUUAUUUGUUAUAUCCCCAUUUCUUCUUAUGACCAGUUAUAUUUAUUGUUGUGGCAGACGUGAUAAAAUUCUGCAGCAUUUUGCAAGGUUAGGAAUUGCGACAUUUGCUUGGUACGUUUGGACAAAAUUAUUCUGGUAUAUCGAAAAAAUGUAUGGGCAUUGCAACGUUAUACCAAAAAAAUAUCAAACAAAAGAAGCCUGUAUUGCUGGUGGAUACUUUUGGAAUGGUUUUGAUAUAUCUGGACAUGCAUUUAUAUUAAUAUACAGCAGUCUCAUUCUGAUUGAAGAAGCUCGUGCAAUUGUUGGAUGGGAAGGUAUACGAGAUCUUAUUAGGGAUGAAGAACAUGCAAGAACCACUGGAGAUGUUUCAGUCACCAACAGCCCUUUACGAGGAUUAUCAUAUGAAGAUUUCUCCAUCCUUAAGAAGUCCUAUGACAAGUUUACUCCAUACAUCCGAUUAUGUUUCAUUGCAAUGACUUUAUUGUGUGUGUUGUGGGAUGUCAUGUUGGUAAGCACAAUCUUAUAUUACCACAUAAUGAUUGAGAAGUUUAUUAGUGGUGCCAUUGCAAUUCUCACAUGGUUCUUUACGUACCGUUACUGGUACACCAUUCCUUGGACACUACCGAACCUGCCUGGAGACGGACUGUUCAAGUAUAAGGAUGUUCGACAGCCAAAGGAGCAAGCAAAGCGAAGAAGUACAACAAUUCCUCAAAGCAGUGUUAGAGGGCAGAUCCCAACAUUCAUGGGAAUGCCUCUCUAUGGAUUACGAAAUCAGGAGAACAAAGAACAGAAAGAUGAAGAUACGGAUGUUGAAGCAGAUGUACCGACAGCUUUUUUGAGUAAAUGACAAGAAUGUUAACACCAAUAAUGAAGCAGGCUCUCAUUUGAAAGAUUAAAAUUUGCCAAAUAUUUCAGUGCAUGCUGAUAACAUGCUUUUGGAGUGUUUUGUUACAGAUAUGGCAACUUAUAUACAGUUAUGAAUUAAGAAUAACAUUCUUUGGUGAUAUCUGAGUUUCACGUUGUUGAGCCUGUGGAGAUUACUGGCUUCUGGGAUAUGACAUCAUGUAAUCUGGUUAUUGGUACUGUUUGAGAGGAGCCUACUGCUUUCGUCGUCAGGUUAGACACUCCUCUGCCCUGAAGAAGGAGGCCGCAGAUUCCUCCGAAACUAACAGUUGCCAGACUUCGUUGUGUCGCAUUACAGAAACUGAUCUUCAUAAUCUUUCUUUAUGCUAAAAAAAUUUGUAUUUUUACUGGAUGCAUCACAUUUUCAAUGGGCACUUAAACCCACAUAACCAUGUCAUCUUUCUAAAUGAGAUACAGUUAUUUCAUAGUUUGUUAAUGGUUGUGAGGUUCUCUUUCAUCUUGUUUUAUUAUUUAUUUAUUUAUUGUAAGGGAAUGGAUUAAGGUUAACAAAUAUUUCAUAGUUGAACUGUGUAACCAAGAAGUUUUUUUCCUUGUAGACUUCAUGACACUUGUUGACUGAUAUUACAUGUGACAUUCAUGUAGCAGUUGUUGAUUCAUAGUCACAUUCACACAAUAAAACCAGUACAAGAAAAGUCUGUAUGAUAGUUUUGUAUGAAGGUGACUUAAUAACAAUGAGAAGUGUUAAAAGCUAGGUAAAUCUAUACCUGUAUUGUUAUUUGUGUAUGGGUACUUGAAAAAAGCUAUUUCAUUUAAUUUUGUUAAUUCAGACUCAUUUCAGUUAAUGACAUUUGAUUUGCUUGCUCUCUGAUUGAGAGGUGGGGAGAAGGGAAGUGGGGUGUUGUAUGGGUGACAGGAAGAAUGCGAGGGGAGAAGGGAAGUAGGGUGUUGUAUGGGUGACAGGAAGAAUGCGAGGGGAGAAGGGAAGUUUUGCACAUCUGCUGCUGUUUUCACAGGAAUAUGGAAACUUCAGUACAGUAUAUCCCUGUGUUCAGCUUAUGUUAUUUCACACUCAGUGUCCUUCUUUUAUGAACUUAACUGUCACAUAAAUUAAGGAGUACUUGUACUAUCAUAUUCAUAACCAAUUGAUAACACUCAGUGUUAUAAUUUUUAAGUGUUAACCCUUGCAGUCUGUUAUCCUAGUUUUGUCAUGACAGAAGAUUGAAUUGUAAGUGAAUAUAAUAGAUGUUCUUUUAAUAUAGACUUUGUUGUUUUAAUGAUAAAGACAUCACUUAGUUAAUUUUGUUUCUCAUAACAAAAGACAGUACAGUUACACCUGUGCUUAUUUAUGCACCACUCCAUGAGGACGUACAGGAAAUUGGAGAUACAGCUCCACACAUUCCUAACCUAAUCUUUAUGGUGUGCAUCCUGUUGUGUGUUAUAUCACACAUGGGGCCAUCUGCACACAUCUAUGAAUGUAAGCAAAGACAAAGUGGUACAAAUGUAUCACCAUUCGUUUUAUUGUGGAGAGGUGUUCCGCUACAUGUUUAGACUUUCAAGAGGUUAUCAUCAGGCUUACUUGCAAGAAUUCAGCCUUAAUUCUAGAAUUGUAUUUUAAUAUGAAUACAGAUUAUUAUAAUUUGUUUCAUUUUUGAUAGUGAAUAUUGUAUUAUUAAAUAUAUCUAAUAAACACACACUAAAAGUACUCUAAUAAUAUACAGUUUCUAAUUCUGUUUACAUACUAAGACUGAUUACCUUUUAUAUAGUUUGGAUUUAAUAUUACAUAGCUAUUAAUGUAGUUUGAUCCUUGAAGAUAAAAAUUAAAAAGAAUUUUUAAUUUCUUUCAAAUUGACUACUCAAGUUACACUUGAGAAAUAUAGAUACUAGAUGGUGGUGAAACAGAUUGAGGUUCUGAAAUGACUUGUUAAGUUCAGAUUACUAAGAUGACGGAUAAGUCCAGGAAACUGGUAAUUAUAAUUGUAACCCUUUAGAAGUAUAAACAAGGGUUGUUGUCAUAUUACAUUCUUCUUGUCACUUAGUUAAAUACUUUUUGAUGCAAACGUUAAACAGAAUAAAAGUGCGAAGCAAACCAUCUGCUGGUAAAUUUCGUGGAAUUGUGCUCUGUAGAUUACAUGAAGAGGAACACUGCUAGCAAUUCUAAUCACCAUCAUCGCCACUGAUGUUUGUAGCGCUCAUACGUAGUGUAUCACACUUCAUGGUCAAGUGGGUAACACUCUGCUUCAAGUCCCAGCUUUAAAUCUUGGCUUGAAGAGUGGCUGUCCUGUCUCAGAGGUUUUCUCUGGUUUUUCUCAGCCUUUUCAGGCAAUACCGGGAUAGUGCAUCGAAGCAGGCUGCAACUACUACUUUCACAUCCUUGCAAUUCAUUAGUUAUGUGACGGCUGUCAGUACUGUGUUCUGAGCUCGAUAUGAGGUAUACAAAGGACGGGUACUGAACACGAAGUUGACGCUUCAUCUCCGCAAGUACUGAGCUAAAGAAUGCAUGGAGCUUUUUCCUCUAUUUCCUUAUGUUUUCGUGGUGUGGUGCUUAACUAAGGAAAGGGGGUAAGUUUAUUUUUUAUUUUUAAGAAACUGUAAAUCAGUGGGAUUGUUGCCUGAUGUUGCAGACCACUGUGCAGAUAACCUGAAAGUGUUGUUCUGUUUUUCAUCAUUUGUGUUGUGUAGGAAGAAUGUGUGACUUGUGAUUUGUAUCAUGAACUGAUGCAGUGUUUCUUAUGUAGAACCAUGUCUUUAUUUUCCAUGAUGUUUCCAUCUGUGUAUGUUGUCUCUAACACCCAAAGCUUUGCACUAUCCUCAUGUGUGAUGUUUUUCUUAACCUGUUGUUCCCAUUUUGAUCUCAAACUUCCUCUUCAGUAUUUUCGUUUUAGUUUCAUGUUCUAAACCUUUUUUGGGAUUUGGUCUUGAUUUAUUCUUAAAGCAUCUGUGUCAUCUUAUUCUCGUAUUUAUAACUUAUCUUCCAAUGUAUUUAUCAACAGAUUCUCUCAAAAUUUUUGUUCUCAUUCUUCCCUGGUUUUUUCCUUCUGUGACUCUUAACUCUCUCAUCUCAGCUGCCAUUAAUCUGUUAAUGUCACCCUUUGUCCAUGGCCACGUUUUUACUCCACACAUUAAUAGGGCUCUAUAGUAAUUUGUAAUAAAACUUACGUUUCCUGUCUUUGCAAGUACUUACAUUAAAUGUAAUGGGAUGCCGAUGUUCCUUUGGAUUCCAUCGUGAGGAGCUUUCGCUGAGGCCCUGGCACUUAUAUCUCAUUGAACAAGCAUAGGGUAUAUAUAUAUAUAUGGUGCCUAGUAUCCUCCAACACAGAGAAGGGGAGUCAUGUGAUGGAUAGACCUGUUUCAACUUGAGGCACUAUCUGCAUUGUACCAGUGGCAGCA